AUGGGUCGCCUGCUCCGAUCCUCCAGAUCAGUCAACUUCGCCUCCAGUGAUCUUACUGUGUGCUCAAGGUUCGAUUGGCGCCUCUACUCUAGCACUUCGGAUCGCUACGUCCAGUACACGUACCCAAACCCAGACAAAAAGGACAGUAGGGAGCCGGUUGUCUGGCGCAAGUACAAUGACCAGGACGUACCUCUCGAAGCUGCAUGCACCAAGGUCCGCAUUCGUCCAGGAAUGCGCAUUAUUCGCUUCACCAUGAAUGAAGAGCUUUUAAUAAAGUUUGACGUCGAUUCUGAGCUUUUAUUCGGCGAGCUGACUUACAUCACCGAACUGAACCGGGUGAGCGUCAAGACGGACAACGGGUGUGUUCUCGAAGGUCACUGCACGGGGAGGGACGCCCAUGCCGCUUUCGACUCGCCUACUUUGGAAAUGCCCACAACGCCGAAGCUCGCCCCUGGUGCUUACAUUGAAAUCACUGGAAACGUGGAGGCAGGCUUUGAGCCCAAAUUCCUGCUAAGCCAGAAGGGGUGGCCCGACCACAAGCCGCAAUUGGUGUGCGCCGUCAAGCUGCCGGACGGCCAAGCCGACCGGGUCAUCUGGGUGGUUCGCUUCUACGCGAAAAAGUUGACAAUCGAUACGGGAGAGAAGAUUUACGUGCACGACCACAACUUCGUGGCACCAGCCCGGUUUGGUGUGCGAGAGUUCACGUUGCACAACGUCUUGCUGGUGACAAGUUCAAACCUGUAAAAAUGUGCAUGCGUUGCUCCACGUACCGAAGAAUGCCGAAUUUAUUUCAUUGGCUACGGCAAGGACCACAAUAAACAUAUUUCUGGUUAG